CCGCCACAAGUAGGUCCAAGGCAAUGCCUACUCAAUCCAGAAAGAAAUCUGGAACUGUUCCUCUGCACCUUGACAGUCAAUUGUGGAUGGGUAAGAAAGUAAAUGGGAAUAAUAGACAGAACCAGAUUUCAUUGAACCACCUUAUCCACUACCAGCCGUAUAAAGAGCUGGAUGAGUACAAAAGUAGACAUUCUAAGCCAAAAUCCAGGCGUCUUCGGUCUUCUCGAAAUUCUUUCAACGAUCCUUCUGCUGACAGAUACAAAGUGCCUUUGAGAGGAAUGGGUUUUAUCAACUUGAACUAUAAAUUUGUGGUCGACUAUAGAGGUGACUACAAGUCACAGGAGAUUGACCCCAAUGUACCGGUAUCUCCGGAGAAUGUCAUUCGAAUAGUGGUUCCUACUGGAAAUGCCUGUCCAAUAUGCCUUUCCGACACCCCCAUAGCUCCCAGAAUGAUCACAUCUUGUGGCCACAUUCUCUGCCUCAAGUGUUUGUUGUCGUUGCUCGACACAGAGAUUCCCACCAACAAGAAGAAGCAGUCGGCGGCGGUGGUGGAGAAGUAUAAUGACUGUCCUUUGUGCUCUUCCAUUAUUCGGAAAAAUGAGACCAAACCCGCUUUGAUCUUAGAUGUGGACGAUCGGUUUGAAACACCAAAGGUGGGGGACGAUGUGAUCAUGAGUCUUAUGUCGAGACCCCACAGUAGGCUAUUUGCGGUUCCAAGAGCCAUCGAAGAAAUUCAUUAUCAGAUUAAAAACUUUCCAUCCGUGGACAUGACAGAUCCCGAUUUGACUCCGUACCUGAGGCUCUUCAAGGCCGACUUGGUGUACAUUUUCAAGAUGUAUAAUCAGGAAAAGGAGCAGAUACUAAAGACAUAUGCCGAAGAGAAGGAAUUAUACAACGACGAUGGCAAGUACUCCAUGCUUGCCAUCGAUGAGAUCAACAAGGACAUCGAUAGGUGGGUCAAAUGGUACAACCAGGAAGAAUCCAACCCUAUCAAGGCCGAGUCGAUUGUGAAAAAUGACAAUAUCGACUCGUCCAAUAGCUUUUUCUAUUACGAAACUGGUUUCAAUGCCAGAGCGACCUUUGUGUUAUCUCCAUUGGAUAUCAAGGUAUUGAAGUCCAACUAUAACAACGAGUAUGGAAACUUACCGUCUGUUGUGAUUGCAAAGGUGGAAAACAUUCAGUAUGAAGAGCUAACCCCCGAGAACUCCUUGAAGAAGUACAAGUACCUUUCACAUCUCCCCUGGGGCACUUCUAUUGGGUUCCUACAGUGUAAUUGGCACAACAACGAGUAUAUAUCGAAUGAUACUUGGGAACUUUUCAAAGAUGACUUGGUCAAGAGGACAAAGAAAUCACAGCGAAAGUUCGAAAAAGAGGACCGGGCGAAGAAGAGAGCUGAAACUGAAGAGGAGAGGAAGGCAAUGCUCUUUUAUGAACGGGAAAAUGACCCUUCUAAGCUGAGCCGUUUCGAAGAGUACCAUGAACUCUAUGAUGAGGAACUAUUUUACGGUUCUGCCAACUUUGGCAGUCUUUCUAUCAUUGACAAUAGAGAGUUGCCACUUCUUUCCUCUGAGGGCAAUGAAGAGGAAGCGGUUGACUCGGAUGAAUCUUCUGUAGCAGCAUACGAAACCACUGUCUGGGGAACUAAGGUGAAGAAGUCUGAAAACUCUACCGAUCCGACUAGUGGAGACGAUUGGGAUGCUGAAGAGAUGAUCAGAAAGGCCAAGGAAGAAAUGGAAAGACAGGAAGAAGUUGUUGGGAAGAAAAAGAACAAGAAAAAGAAGAAGCUUGUUCUUCUCUCAUCAAACUACUAAACUUUAUGUACAUAAAAACAUUUUGGCAGCGCGCUCACACAAUUUCCAACACGUAAUUUUCCACCACCACCACCAUCAAUGUCAACUACGAAACCAAACUUAUACAAUGUGGCACAAUUGCGCACAAUCGUCGACGACAACUUGUCCGACAUUCUUGGAGGCCUUGGGUACAGCGAAUCAUUUAAACUCACCGAUAUCAAAUUAGCACUUGGCGUUUUAACUGUCCUUUUGAGUGGUGGAUUAUUCCUCAUUGAAAAGAAGAUCCCGUUCAACGAAUCUUUCACCCUCACGGUGUUAAUUCUAGCUGUGUACUUUGCAAUCAGUGGGGUUUUAUUUUUCUUGACCAAUUCUAAGAGGUUCAAGAACAUCAAAUACGUGGGGUUCAAUGAUAAUAACGAACAGAUCACUAUAGUUACAAGCAGUCCCAAGUACGAACCAGUCUACAACAUAGAAUUGAGGUUUGGCGAAGAGAGGCAACAGAGCGUCAAAACUCACAUUGAAUUCAUGAAGAUUUUUGACAACUUCUCCAUGUUCCAACCGGAACUUCUCAAGCAGUUGCUUAGUAAGGAAAUAGAGAAGGUUGGAAAAAAGCGAAACUAAAUACUUCACUAAUACACGUAAUGAUCUAUGUAUUGUUCUUGUCUAUGAAUUGUCCCUGACCUUCUGGUCCAUCUGUGAAAAUCUUCUACACAACUGUAUAAUCGAGUAAGGUAGACAUUUCACCACUGGUAACAAUUUUCCAUAAAUAGGCUCACUCAACACCCCACACUGCCCGUUGUUCACUCUAUCCAUAAUGUCCUUAGCCAAUUUGAUGUGGUCCACCACAGGUGCAAAAAAAAGUCCGAGAAGGACUCACAUCGUCAAACAUUCCUCGCAGUAGCUGUCCAGGUAACACAAGCAACAUUCUGAUACUGGGGAAGUCCACCAACUCCUGAGCUAAACCUUCGUGAAUUUGGCUCAAGGCAGCUUUGGUAGACGAGUAUAUGGUCAAAUUUCGAGGUGCAAGUAUCCCCAACACCGAAGACACUGUCACUAUCGAUAGGCUGUCUUGGGGAUGUUUCAUGUGGUGUUUUAGUAAUGCCCGGAUGCCUUGAAUAUAGGAAAAUACGUUUACAUCGUAUAUCUCAUCGAUCUCUUCCAUGCUCAAUUGUAGUACCGAUUUACUGUGUCUUAUACCAGCAUUGGUGACAAACA